AAAACUAAAAGAUUUGUAAUCCUGCGGCACCCAAAAACGCAGAACGAAAAUCGAGCGUUCAAUUUUGGACGGGGAUAAAAGGACUUUUGCCGAAAAUAAAAGUAAUGGCGUCGGCAAUGGCCACGGCACGCCCUUCGAUUCUGUCACUCAAUUCUCUCACGUCCUGCUUUCAUUCUUCGCUCCUUCUAUACAAGACCAAAUACUUAAGUGCAGCACGGCGGCGGCACUGUUACGGAAGAAAAAUGUCAUCUCUCUGUAGCUUCCUUGCAAAACCUCGCAGUUUUUCAGUGUCUUGCGCUGUUGAAGAUUCAUCCAUUUCUUCUCCAGUCAACAGGAAGAGGGUUGCUUCAGGUGUGCAACCAACUGGGUCGAUCCAUCUUGGCAACUAUCUUGGUGCAAUCAAGACUUGGGUGUCUUUACAGGAUACAUAUGAAACGCUCUUCUUCGUUGUGGACCUCCAUGCUAUUACUUUACCAUAUGAUGCUGAACAACUGUCAAAGGCUACAAGGGAUACAGCAGCUUUAUAUAUGGCUUGUGGAAUUGAUGUGUCAAAGGCUUGCAUAUUUGUCCAAUCACAUGUCCAGGCUCAUGCAGAGCUUGCAUGGUUGCUAAAUUGUGUUACACCUAUCAGCUGGUUGAACAAAAUGAUACAGUUCAAAGAGAAAUCUCGCAAGGCGGGUGAUGAGAAUAUUGGAACAGGGUUACUGACCUAUCCGGUUCUCAUGGCAGCUGACAUCCUUCUAUACCAGUGUGACUUGGUCCCAGUUGGGGAGGAUCAAAAGCAGCAUCUUGAGUUGACACGCGACUUGGCAGAGCAUGUCAAUUAUCAUUUUGGGGGUAGGAAGUGGAAGAAACUUGGAGGGCCUAGAAGGAAUCUUUUUAAGAUUCCUGAAGCUCUUAUUCCACCAUCAGGAGCUCGUAUAAUGUCACUCACAGAUGGGCUAUCAAAGAUGUCAAAGUCAGCACCAUCUGAUCAAUCUCGAAUCAACCUUCUUGAUACAAAAGAUAUAAUAGCCAACAAAUUGAAGCGGUGUAAAACAGAUAGCAUUUCUGGAUUAGAAUUUGACAAUCCAAACAGACCAGAAUGCAACAAUCUUCUUUCCAUAUACCAAUUGGUAACUGGAAAAACAAAACAGGAGGUUGCUGAGGAAUGCAAGGACAUGAAUUGGGGCCAGUUCAAGCCUUUGGUCACUGAUGCAGUAACUGCACAUUUAGAGCCUAUCCAGGCACGAUAUAAAGAGAUUUCUUCAGAUCCAGCAUACCUGGAUGGUAUUCUAGCGGAAGGAGCUACUAAGGCAUCUGCUAUAGCCUGCACAACCUUAAGCAAUGUUUACCAGGCAAUGGGCUUUCUACCCCGUCAAACACACUCGUAACCGUAAUUCUAUUUUAGUGACAGUUGCCUGUUGCUGUGGUAUCCCAAUGGAAGCAAGUUCUAUUCAAGGACAUUGGCUUUUCUAUUUCAAAGGUGGGAUAAAAAUUUUACGUUAGUAUUUGCAAACAAUUAUUACAUUUUUUUGCAACCCUCUUUAUCAUGAAAGAAGGGUGCACAAAUUUUGUAAGUGAUAUUAGUUUUAAUUAAUUUUUUUUCUAUUCAUGAUAACAAAGUGUUUGGCAAUAAGAAC